AUGAGCAGCACCUUGGAGCGCCAGCAGCUCGAAGAGGCGAGUCGGUCGCUGCACACUGCGAUUGAGAAGAGCCAGCAGCUUCAAAAGCUCGCACGGAUCAGCCCCCACUACCGCGAUGUAGCGAUUGACGAUGCCCGGCUGCACGAAGCCAGCUGCAUCGUGGCCCUGGCAUCCGUGAAGCGACUUCUCUCUGCCUUUGCCGCCGACCCUGCCAAGCGGGUGGCUGCCAUGGCCGAAGUUGACGUGCUUCUCACGACCGCCGACGGCGUCUACGACGACAUUCGGGUGGUGCGGCCAGACGAAUGCAAACGAGGGCAUGGCAACGCGCUACACGAGCGGGGCGCCAUCUAUUUCCACGCCGCGGACUUUACCCGCGCCGAGGAGGCGUGGACAACGUCGUGCCAGUGUUUCGAAGCUCUGGGAGAUGCGUCCGCGGCCAGCGAGCUCCUCAAGAAACUCGAAAAGCUACGCCACGAGCGCGAUGUCAACGCUUAUGCGCAGCAGCUCGUCGAGCGCACGACGGAGAACCACGAACGCGACGCGCUGCUCAAGGCCUUUGCCACGUUUGAUCGGGACCACUCGGGCGAAAUCGACACGGCCGAGUUUGCGGCGCUUUCGGUCGAGCUCGGAACGUUCCCCGCGCUGUCGCCGGACGAAGUCAAGGAAGCAUUUGCCCAGCUCGACACGUCGGCCAACCAGAAAAUCUCGUUUGGCGAGUUCUGGACGUGGUGGUGCACGGACGAGGUCCAAGCAUACGCUCAAAAACACAAGGCACAGCGUAAAUAA